AUGGCAGGAUACACGAACGAAUUCUUCAAGUACUGGUACAACUCUUCUAUAAUUGAAGAAUACCUAACUAUACUAACCAAUGAAAAUCCAGCAUCUCAUUUCUUUAGCGUAGACUUUUUAAAAAAAUACUGCGAGGAAAGACUUAACGGAAUUAUAAGAUGGGUCAAAAAACCCAUCCUGGACAUGGACUCGCUACUAUUUCCCAUCAACGUGGGAAAUCACUGGAUUCUAAUUGUGGUAUUCCUUAAUAGCAAAAUGGUGGUCUGCUAUGAUGGCAAGCAUAGGAACCACCAAUACAUGUUAUCAAUAAUCAAAACAUUCAUGACAGAUUGGGAAAAAUAUUCGAGUGUCCAGCUUUUGACUUGGAGGACAUUACAUGGAAUCACACCAACACAGCACAACAACGACGACUGUGGGCCAUGGAUUCUAGCCGUAGCCAAGUGCGUGGCACUAGUUGAACCAAUCUGUUUCACAGAAAAGGACAUGCCACAAAUAAGAAUACAACAAUACCAGAACAUCAUGUCCAAUACUAUACAAUCCGCUACACCGCCACCCAGGACAACACAAUCCGAUACUAUACAAUCGACUACACCGCCACCAGGACACAUAAUCCAUACAUACAAUCACUACACCGCCACCCAGGUCAACACAAUUCAGCCAAAAACCUCCCACAUCAAACACAACCAAUACAGGGGCAACGACCAAACAGACAAUCACCACCACAACAACGAACAUCACACAUGGUACACCUACGGCAACCACCACUACAGACGAGCCCACCAUUCAAACCCCACCCACAAUCACAGCCAUGACACCAGCACCGAUGAUACCACACCCAACCAAUUCCACAAAUCACAAAACAAGGAACGAACACCACGUAAGCAAACGCACUAA